AUGACGCGGAUAAUAUGCGGCAACGGGAUUCCGGCGGCCACAUCCGUCAUAUGCACGCUCGGGGCUAGCGACGCGGAAUGCGGCACGAGCUUCUUUACACGCGAGCACCAUGCUGUGCCUGACGUCUGGGUUGUCGUCUGCGAUGGUCUCGCCUACCGCUACGAACCGCUCGACCGCGCAGCAGACGGCGGCACCCACUCGCUGGACGGCAGCACCGCCCGCUGCCUCACCCCGAGUCGCCACCAGGCUGCUGAUCUAAACACAAAAACGAAGUUGAUGGAUGCAGCCGUGCGAGGGCCGCGGUUCGUGAUCACCCGCGGGUCGCACCUGGGGCUCCCGGCGCGCGUAAUCAUCGUCAUCGGAGAGCGUGUCCAUAUCGUAAAUACGCGCGUCGCUCUGGCGGGCGGUGCGCGCGCGAUUGACAGCGCGCCAGCGAGUACGUACGCGCGCACGUGCUCAGUGGCGCUGCGAACCGCUGCAGCACCGCGCCGCUCUGCUCGCGUCCGCCGCGGCACUGACGGGCUCCUAGCAUCGAUCCACUCCCGCCCUGACUCCGCACCGCACACCGCCACCCUCGUGAACUACACGUGGCCGCCCAACCCGCGAGUUACUUACGCUAAGUCGCGUUUCGCC